UUUUACGCCUCUUUCAAAUCACCACUUCCUCCGCGUAAUCGCCAUACCCAGAGCUUUGCAAUCCCCUCUCAGGUUUUGGAACAACGAGGAACGAUUUGCAGCAGUCAUGGCCAAGCAUCAUCCCGAUUUGAUCAUGUGCAGGAAGCAACCUGGCAUCGCAAUAGGACGACUGUGUGAGAAAUGCGAUGGCAAGUGUGUAAUCUGCGACUCCUAUGUUCGUCCUUGCACGCUCGUCCGGGUCUGCGACGAAUGCAACUAUGGUUCCUUCCAAGGUAGGUGUGUUAUCUGUGGAGGGGUGGGAAUAUCUGAUGCAUAUUACUGUAAAGAGUGUACGCAACAAGAGAAAGACCGGGAUGGUUGUCCGAAAAUUGUUAAUCUUGGGAGUGCUAAAACUGACUUGUUCUACGAGCGUAAGAAAUAUGGCUUUAAGAAACGAUGAUAGCCUUGUAAUGAUUAGGUUUUUCACCGGUGCUUUUAUAGCUUGGAAUGGCACAUUUGAGAAUGUUUGAAUUGUUCUGUUAAAGUAUGUGGCCGGGAAUGAAACAGUUAGAAUGUUUGGAUUGAAUCAUAUUUGUCUGUUAGAUGAUGUUAUCUUCAAGCACAAUGAUAGUAUGGUGUGCCGGAUUAAAAUUCUAUCUGUUAUGCCAAUAGCAUGUCUUAUUGUUUAUGAACUUCUAUUCAGUGAUUUACACUCAUACCUGA